UACACUUCUUGCAUAUAAACAGUGAACAUCACAACGGAAAGGACUUAUUCUUCCCUCUUUUGGAGUAAUUCCGCUGCCGGUCAGAGCCUGACUUGGUUUGCCAGGAAAGGAGGAGUCAUCUUCUGCAGGUAAUUCCACUGCUUCCAGAUGUGUGGCUUGCUCUCAAGGAUUGCUUGUUGGCUCGGUCCUGACCCAAAAGGCCAAGAGAGCUCCGAGUGUGGCUGCAAAUCCAGAGGCUGCAGCUAGGGCUCCCUCGGCCUCCGUGUGAACUCCAGCCACGGACUCUGCCCGGCUGAAGGCCCUCGGAUGCCUCCGUCCGGUUCUGGGCAUGCCCCUCUGGGUUUCAUGCCAAGAUUUAAGAAGAUACGUUUCCCUUGCUGAAGAAAAGGAAGUAGCACGAGACAACGCAAUGGCUUCAGUGGAAUGAUCUGGGCUUGGCGUCAAUGGAGGUGAAUCCUAGGAGCAUCGGCUCUUGUCACAGAAGCCCGCCUCGGGGUCAUGUAUGUCUCCGCCUCUUUCCAUGCCAUGCAAAGAAGACGUCUCUAAGUUCCCUGCAGUUUGACACUGGAAAUUGAUGCUCCAGGAAAGAAAGCCAAGGUUCCUCUUGGCAUCCAUGCCCUGGGAGGCGGCCUGAUCCCCUCAACGAUGCUUCUGCUGUCUCUCUGUUCAGGACAGCUAGUUUCCUCCAGGAGCAGAAUCGCAUGCCUGCCUCCCUUGACAAACAGCCUGCCGGCUGGCUCUAUCGCUGGAUGAGGUGCUUAAUAACUAGCCUAGUUCAUUGUUUAUCUAAGUUGCGAUGAUCAUCGCAAUGAAAUAAUAUUUUCACUGCCGGGGAAGCACUGGGAAACGCUCCUAAGUAGAAUCCACGGGCUGGGAAUGGCCGACAAAGCAUCCCACCCGAAGAGGAGAGGACCGCUCCAUCUGGACUGGCAUUUCUUGGUGUCCGAAAUGCCAUCAUUAGACGCUACUCCAAAGACAUAAGGGCAUGUGCCUGGGAGAAGCGCAUGGUCCCAACCCUUGUAUCUGAGGCUCAAUGGCCCAGCAAAAUAUGACAGUGAGGCCCGUGCUCCUGAAGCGAAACAGCCUGGAGUCAGUGGAGUUCAUGAAGCAGCCGCACCACCGCAGGAGCAAAUCCCAGCAGGUGCGCUUCAAGGAAGAUGGCGCCAGUAAGAAUCCCAGCGGCCAAGGUGAGGACGAUGCCCAGCCUUCUGAAGAUUCAGUGGUGAUGGGCAAGACCCAACCAGCUCGGCACCAUCACCUCCCCACCUGCUCGCUCUCCUUCCCCAGGUCCCAGAAGGCCGGGGGCUUUCGGAACAUCGCGAUCCAAACCUCCCCCAGUCUCAGGAAGCAUUUCCCGGUUUUCAAAAGGAAGAAACUCACAGCCAGCAAGUCUCUGGUGGAAAUGCCAACAGCAACCCAAAGUGCCAUCCAGGUCAACGGCAACCUCUCUGAGCAAGACAUUGUGUCUUCUGACCUCGCCUACUUAAGGCUGGCCCAGCAUCUUGACGAUGGGCCUCGGAGGGUCAAGUUGUCCCAUCCAUUUCUCCCAAGGGUGUCCAAGGUACAAAGCAACGGGCCUAUUAGCAUCUGCUUGGAAGAAGGGACUGGCAGGGGCUCGGAAAAAGUGACGGCUGCCAUCCAGGUCCCAGACGAUAUUUAUCACAGCCCUUCCUGGGAAGCUCGAGGGGUCCCUUUCAGCCCAGACAGGCUGGCAGACAUCAGUAAUGCCAUACACCCCGUGGUUGAAAUGUGUCCCGGUGAUGGGAGGAGUGUGCUGCCAUCAGAUUCAGAGACACUCCCCUCCUGCUUAAAUGCCACCAGCGGUGCCAACCACAUGCCAGGCACAGGUCAAUGUCAACCCGAAUUGCUUUUGCCCAAAGACAACCUCGAUGACAAAGACCUUGGCCCCCUUUCAUCCCAGUCCAAGGAAAGGUAUAUCCCCUCCCCUCUACGGACUCACAGAUCCCCCUUGCUGGGCACCCACAGCCAGCCAGCCCAUCCAGGCAGAACUUCCGACUGUCUUUCCCCGAGUAAAGAUCACCAGGACCCAGUGUUGCUCAGAGCGGUCAGUGGGACACGAUCUGCACCCACGAGUCAGGAGGAGAUGGCGGAUCGGUCAACACAGUCAGAUACGCCGGACUUUCCAGACUGCUCAGGAAGUGACCCCACCCCACGCGCUCUGCCAAGGAAUGAAACAAAACUCCCGACCCAGCAAGAGAUGAGUGGGAUGAACCGAAUUCACCUGGCCAGGGGCGAACUCUGCGACCUGCAGGGCAGGCUCCAGUCUGUGGAGGAAUCCCUGCACUCCAACCAAGAGAAAAUCAAAGUCCUGUUGAAUGUAAUCCAAGACUUGGAAAAAGCUCGGGCUCUCACGGAAGGGCGCAACUUUUAUCGAACUGGACAAGAUCUCAACAAUUGCAGUACCUGCCAGAACACGGCGUGCAUCAUAUACAGUGUAGAGUAUGAUUUCCGGCAGCAGGAAGGCAGGUUCCAUGAAGUUCUACAGAGCCUGGAGGAAGUGGAACCUGCUGAGGAGGCCUCUCCCCCACCCAAGGCCCCCGCAGAAGCCGCAGCCCCAGAGAAGCAGGACUUGCGGCGGAAAACCAAGAAGGUGAAGAAGAAGUGUUUCUGGUGGAUCUGAGCCAGUUCCAACCGUGCCCUCUGCCCUCUCCAGAGGGCCUCUCUGAUUGGUGAAGCCACUGUCUUCAGGCCUUCUCGGAUUCCUGGCAAAGGCUCAGGUGACCGAGCCGCUGGACCUUGCAAACCAGGAAAGCCUUGUGGCUGGCGUGGCCACCGCGGAAGACCUGACACCGGCCUUCCCUGAGUGGGUGGCACUGCUCGCUAAGGACUUCACGGGCAUGAGAGGGACCGAGUUCCCCAUCACACUUGGUUUGCAAGUCCAGAGUCCCACCUUGAGCAAAAUCAGCCACUGCGCUGCAGCUCCACAAUGCUGCGUCCUUGCCUCCCCGCCUAGGUCCAUCCACCCGAAAGACAACCCAUGUGGUGAGCAGAGCAGGACCUGAGGGGAGGAGUGUAGCAGGACCCAGGCAAAGGAGAGAAAUAGACAAGCUGGUCGGUGCCUCAGAUAUCCACACACCUAAGCACAACAGCAGUGGGCCGGGCAUCAGACUGCGAGGUCACGCUGGUGUGUUGCGGCCUUUGACCUUUGUAACUAGGCCCUUGAUCCCGGAUCGAGGGCUUGUCAUCUCACGCUGUGGGGCCUUGCUGCCUGCCCCGACGUCACGUCACCCCGUGGUAUAAAGGGUUGCUGGUGUGGCUGUCUUGCAUGGUUUACACCAGUAAGGACUGUGGUUGCAAGUCCAAGAAGGUCUCUGUACUUGCCGCUGCUCCAGUGCCCACCUGGACCGCCAUGCCCCUCUGCCUGGGCCCCAGACUACCUGGCAGCAGGGUGUAAGCUGGUCCCGGCUUGAACUUUCAGAUUCCAUCAUUAGCUUACCUGUCACAUAGACGAUCAUGAGGUCCAGCAGCCUGCUUAUCAAUUACAUCCAAUCAAUAUAAUAAAUAAGGCUGGGGGAGGGGAAACACAAUGUCGGCUCUCAUCAUUUCAUUCCAUGCAUCCCCUGCAGCAGCCUUGUUAUGUAGAUAGGCUCACGCAUAUAUUAACCAUACUGUCUCCCUUCCUGGUGACUAAAUUACAGUCACCUGAUUGAAGCAGCAGCAGCAGGACUGGGGAUAAGAAUAUAUAUACAUAUAUAUGCUUUUUCUUCAAUUUUAGUAUUAAAGGCCUUUAUUUCCCAAAGUCUGAAUUCUUUCCAGGUCUGGCUCAUUCUUUGGACAAGAUCCCAUCCAGAAGCAGCGGGGCCCAGUUAAACUUGCGUGGCUGAACAAACUACUAAAGUGAUAUCAUUAAGUACCUGCAACAUACUCUUAGGAAUCAGGAAGAGGACGGCAAGGUUCAGGUGCUGCCUCUCAGUAAAGUAGAUUCUCUACUAGCCGUGGCUGGAUGGACGCUACUAGCCCAGGGCCCCUUGCAGCUAAGCGUGCAUUAAAUGAUGAAGGCAUUUUCAGAACCCCGUUUUCGGAAGCCUGAGCAUCUGUGCUCGGCUCUUGGCAGAGUGCAGCUUCCUGCGUGUACGUAGGAUGUGCGCUAACCCACCGCAAACGGGGACUAAUUGAGCAAACCACUCCAACCGUUUCUCCUUCCCCUGUCACAGUGCUGCAGUGCACAAAGCUAUUUCAGCAGGAGCAGGAGGGAGGCUUGGCAAGGAAUCUCAGCGUGCACUAUUUAAGUCUUGGAAUGUCACUCAAGAUGUUCUUGUUCUGUUUCCAGUGUAAUGUUUAAACCCACAAAAUGAGACCGGAAUACAUAACGUCAAGUUUGAAUUAAGAUAAAUAUACCUGUCAUCUUUGGGAAGCCCCCACUUCAGUAAGAUGUGCUACCACUGGCUACAAGCCACCCAUCCUCCUUUCUGUAGCCUACAAUCCACUCUCAGCUGGUCCCAGUGAUGGAAAAGGAUCGGCCCAGAGGAUAAUCCAAUAAAGCAGAUCACUGGGGAUCUCUUAUGUAAUUUCAUCUUUGAGUAGAGCUUCCAUCUUAAUUUGCUUUGUGUAUGCUCAUUUCCGAGUGAAUCUAUGUUCUCCAGUGGCAUGCUAGAACAAAAAUAAUCGUGUUCCCAGAAUUAAGAGACCCAAGCAAAGGAGUAGUCGGUGUGCUGCACGAUAACCUAGGGCAACUUGUGUUUGUGCACUCUCAAAGGGAGUAAGAACCCCUCCCCCUUCCUAGAGCACCUUAGAACAGGCAACAGACUCAGCAGAACAGAGCUUAACUGAAGCAUUUACCUCAGUUAGCCUGGAGUGCUGAAGAGAUGGCUGAGCUCAAGGGCUGAGCUCAAGGGCAGGCCAAUCCACCUUAGAACAUUAAGAAGCUUGUGUGUGUUCAGUUGGGAGCCUCAGAAAAACCCUCAAUGGAGUGAAAUAAAAUCGAGAUUUGGGAAAAAAAGAGAUAGACAGAGAUCUAGAAAUAGAGUCAAACAAGGCUGAUUCUACAUCCAAGCACAACACAGCAUUGCUGAGGGCCACAGACUGGAAGCUGGGGGACAGUUAUCAUUUAAAUAUGGAACAUUUUAAAUUCAUUGGGGUGGGGGAAGGGAAAGAUUUCAUACACACCUUCCUGCUAAGUGAAAAUGACAUCUCUGUUUAAAAACAUCACUCAGACAUAUACCAAAACUCUAUACUCACCCCUCAUGUGGAAAUUGCUUCUCUUUGUGAAAUACUAUGUAACAUCUGUCAUGAUGUUCGAUAGAAACUCUGCCCUUGGGGUUAAGUGGUUUUAUGGAGAGAGAUUAAUUUAGCAAGCCUUACGUUUAUCAAAUGGAAGGGGAGGGAGGCCAAUAAAUCCAUUUAAAUGGCAGGAGUUUAUGUAGCUGAUUCCUCUGUAGUUCAAACAUGACUGCGCACUCACGAUACUUGUAACAAUACCAGCUCAUCUAUAGAGCACCUUCUUAAAGAUGAUGUAUCAAUGUAAGGUUUUGUAAAUUUCUAAACUGUUUUAAAUGGGAUAUUAUCUUUUGCAAUAAACUUACAUAUUUUUCCUA